GCACGGUCGACUCGCACGCCGCGUUUAAACGAUCGCCUACGCGCGAACCGGGAACACAUCACGCAGCACUGCGCGCCGCUCAUCAGUCCUGUGCACGAUUCGAUUUUCGUUUCCCGCGCAACUUUGCCGUCUCGUGUUUACGCGCUUACGCUACGCGCGAUCCUCGCGGGUCGCCGCCGUCCAAACCGUCGCCGCGAAGCCAACGCCAGGAUGAGAACGCGCGAAGCGUCGCCGUCGCCGUCGUGGCUCGUUUACGUUGCCGCCGCGGCGCUGACGAUGGUCCGGGCGCACGGUAAGUCGUCGUCUCCGCGAGACUUUGCGAUAGCCGUUAUCGGCACAGACGUCGCAGUGUUCACUAAGUCCCUUUUAAAAACUAACUCGUUUCUUCCCGUUCCUUUUCCCUACUGCAAAAAAAAAAAAAAGGAACUCUUUCCCGUUCCUCGUAUCUUAAAGCGUUCCGUUUUACUUUUUCUUUUCUUGUUAAUCCCUAGUUCAAAGUCCAUACCAAUUUUUUUUUUAUGUUCUUAUUAAUUUGAAAAUACCGAUAAUUAAUUUGCUUUGGAACUGUGUACGAAUGACAGGUGUUUCCGAUACUGAAUACAAAUGUUUAUAAAUUUAUUAUUAUUAUUAUUAUUAUCAUCAAUUAUUCAUGUUCAAUAAUGAAAAAUUAAUAUAAAUUAUAAUCACGAUUAUAUCUGUCUUUACAAUCGUAUGUUCGGUAAAUUGAAUAAUAGAAAAAGGAAAAAAGGACCGGAGAUUUACGUUUACGUUCCACGCGAAUAUGAACUCUUUCCUGUUCCUCGUUACUUUAUUUCAUAAGUACGCCCGAAACCACUCUGAGUGCCCUGGAACCUUCCGGACCCGGGCACCCGAAUUCAGUGGCCCGCGCGAAAUAGUAUUUUCUAUACGUUAUACUCACCGAUAGACGGGGGGGNGGGGGGGGGGGAGGGAGCAGAAUAUAUAACUGCUUCCAUUGUAGAUUCAUGCUUUCCCUAUAAAUGGUAUACGUCUUAUUAGGUACAAUCAUAGUCAAACACACGGGUUUGUCUAAAAAUAUCGAAAAGCUAUGAUCAUUUUUUUUAUAUGCUCUAAAGUUUCUAAAUUUGACGAAAAUCGUAAAAACCCAUCUGCAUUGUGUCUUUGCUUAGUGAUCAAACAAAGCUCAGCGUUAUGUCCUUAAAUAUUUUUCUAAGUGUUUAAAGUAUUGUGUACCCACAAUUUGUAUGUUAAAAUUAUGAAAUUUGACAUACUCUUCAUACUCGGUUAGUUUGAACAUUUAGGAUUUAUAAAUAAGUGUUCUAUUAACCAGCGUCGAAUUUUCAAGGGGCGACCAGGCGAUCAUGACCCUUUGGACUCCUUGGACCUAAUUAAAGUAUUUACUUGCGUUCCCUACAACAUAGGCUUAUAUAAUACCGCACCAAUGACUUGAAAAAUAGGUAGACAAACAUCCUAAAACCAUACGGGUCAUUGCAUCCUAUGUAUCAUUUUUUAUACGUGCAAUUAUAAUCUCGUGCUUCUGUUUUAAACUAAUACGAUUUUAACUGAAUCUAAAGAUACGGUGCGUUAUAAAUUAUAACAGUUCGUUCAAAACUGCUUUACUUAAAUCUGUUCGAAAUAAUACAUGUUAUAUGAAUUUUCAUAAUAUUACGCGUGGUAUCAAUUUACCCAACUUACAACAACUCACAAUUAUAUUGCUAACUUGUACAUAUUCACCAUACUCGGAUUACAUAUGCACAUACCUAUACUGCACGUGUAUUCACGUAUACUGCACUAUAUCUUCAAUUAGUUCAAUUGCCUUAAAUUAAGCCUAACACAAUCAGCGUGUAUCUAUAUAAUAAUAUGAUAAUGGAGUUGUAAUACUUAACCUUUUAAGUAGACAGUUCAAAGUUGUAUAUUACUUGGGUAAUUCCGUGGUUGUUAUUAAAACGAAAUCGUGAAAGGUCAACCUAGACAACCUGUCCUGUAUGCCUAAGGCAGUUUUAAAUCGUCCAUUAAUUAAAUAGAUACAUAUGUACUAUGUAUGCCUAUAUACUUUCUAUGUCAACCAUUAACAAUGGUUCUCCUGAAUUAUUAACAAUUAAUCAAGACAAAUUACGAUUACUAUUGUCAUGUUGGAAAUUACGCGCAUUUAAUAAUAUAAUAUAUAGGUAGGCGUACCUGGUAAGUGGCAAUCGUCACUAUCACCGUUACGACGAUGUUGAUUCGCAAGCCGAAUAAAUCAAUGGCAUUAAUAUCAAAUACGAGUGACGUCACGAUGAUAGUAUUGUUUUAUUUCGCGUCAUAAAUUUGAAGCGAAAACAAAAACAAACGAAAAAACAUUAAAAAAAAUAUAUAUAUUAUUAUGAGGUUUCCGUUUUUUUUUUUUUUUCUCUCUCCUUUUUCGUGUGAUCGAUGUGGCGUUUCAGUGUACUCUCCUAUUACACUGCAGUAGCCAUUAAGCGUUUCUGAUCAUUUAUUUUUCCGCUUAAUAUUAUUAUAAGUAGGCAACUAUAAAGAAUUAUGAUAUAGGCGUGUAUAGGUUUAAUAGUUUUUCAAUAAUCAGCGUAACAGCUAUAGGUAUACUUUACUCGUAAUUUUAUUUUUCUCCGGAUAGUCAUAAAUUAAAACGUCUUUAAAAAAAAAAAAAAAACAAAAUAAUACGUAUCUACGGGUGCCUACCUAGGUAACAUUACAAUAACGCCGAUACCGACUGUAGCCUGACGUGAAUAUAUUUACAAAUAAAACGGUGUCAAAGUAAAUGUCUCUCUGUAAAUAUCACGUUACAUAUUAUACUAAUAGGUACCCGAUGUACCCGCCUAAUAAAUAUUCACAGAUCAUACGCGUUUGUGUAAAAACAAUGUUCGUACGAUAUUAUUAUAUCGCGUCUUCCAGCUUAAUACGGGCACCACAAACCGCUCUAUUAAUAUUAAUAUAACCCGAAUAGGUAUACCUAUACGCAGCAAAAAGAUUCAUUAUAAACGGCUUCAAACUUAAAAACGCACCAUUACGCACCGGGUAAUAUUACUUCGUAUAUUAUUACAGAACGUAAUAAAUUACGCGCGUAUAUUUAUUAAGGUUUUAUACGAGAAGUCUUUUCGGGUUUAUUAUUGCGCUCGCGGUUUUAAUAAAUAGGUAUAAUAGUGCGCUUAUUGCAUACACUCUGCAAUACCGCGGGUCUGCAGCGUUUUGGGAGGUGUCCGCUGUUGCACGCCGCGCUAACAGACCGUAUUGACGACUGCUGUGGCUUGUAUUAUGUGUUUCAAUAAUAUUAUUUUUGCAAUCUUGCGACGUGUUUUUAACGUCUAGCGUAAAUAUGAAUCGUACAAGCGAUCAGAUUUACAUUAGUAAUUGCACAAUUAAUCCAAUACCCUAUGCCGACAAAAUAAAAGUAGAUUUGCCUAGGUGUAUACGUUGCGUUUAGUUUUUUUUUUUUUUUUUUUUUAAAUUAAACUCGGUACGUAACGUAUUACACACGUAUAAUAGGUAUGGGUAAUUGUAAAUUGUAUAAACAAAUCGUUAUAGGAGCCUAGCAUACGGGGCGAUCAACAUAACGUAAGACCGACGGCCAAUUUUUAGCGUGUUAAAAAUUAUAGACACGUUACACAGACCCACGAAGACAACGCCUCCGCGAUCCCCUUUACACGGCGCUUAAUAAUCGGAGCGCGGAUUUAAAUUCGCUUAAAAUAGCCAAAAUACGAUGCUUGUAUUCACUUAAAAAUGUCGAUAUAAUAUGCUUGUAAUAUUCUCUAAAAAUAUUAGUAAAAUACGCAAACAAAAAUGUGUUUUUAUAUCAAUAUAUUCUCUUAACAUCAAAAUAUGUGCAAAACAAAUUUAACGAACAAAAAUUAACAAAAUCAAUGACAAUAUUAAAAUACAUUAUAAACUGAUUUGUUCAGAUUGCUGUUUCGGCAUUUCAUUAAAUUGACAUAUCCAACUCUCGUGGUUGUGCAUACAUCCAUUAAAAAUAUUGUUUUUACAUAGAAAUCCGCACUCUACUUAAUUAUAAGCGACUAUAUAUUUCAUUUACAAUUUUUCGUAUAAAAAUGUACCGUGAUUUUUUUUAACUUUAUUUGUUUAUGCACACAUACAUUGUCUGUAGGCAAUCUAUAUAUUUUCCGCUUGUUAAUAUUAUGAAAUGCACGGAUAAAAUAUUUAGCCGAUAAUAUAAAAUAUUUUAUUGGGUAUUUUCGGGGGCACUAAUUUUAAACUUAAAGGGGCUAAAGACUCCCUAGCCCCCCCCCCCCCCUAUAGUUACGUCUAUACGUAAGACACUCGCUAUCUCGGAAAGUACUAUAAUAAUAUUCGUUGGACGAUGGAAAUUAAAAAAUUUCGUCGCCGAAAGUGAUUAAAAACUAAAACUUCGUCUAUUUAUGGAAUUUUUAAUAUAGGUUACUAUAUAUGGAAAUUAAAAGCUGGUAGGUGGGGUGGGUUCACACCCGGGAAUAAGUAACGAAACUUUUUUUUUUUUAAAACAGUGUAUUUCUUAAAUGUUCUAAAAAACAACUUCCGAUAAAAGUUAAUACUCUCCGAGAUAAUGAGUGCCUUAUGACGUUAUGGCAAUCACCCUGUAUAAAAGAAUAAUUUCGACUUCGGCGAUAACGAUACACGAUGAUGCACGAUCAGCGGGAGCUAAAUAGCUUAUAAUAAUACAUAAUUAUCUAUGAUAACAUUAUAAAAUUGAUCGCGAUACCGAUAAUAUAAUAAUCUUAUAUAAUAAAACAGUAUUCAUUGUUUCGACUUGCGGAGAACACCUGUUCGAAAAAAAAAAAAAAAAAAAAUAAUAAUGCACCGUGAAAAUAAUACUUAACGUACAAUUGGGAUGACCUUCACAAAUAUCUAUAUGGGUACACCAUAUACGGACUACACACAAUAUAUGUAUUGUCGAAUUGUACGCUCGUACUUGUACCUAUAUGUUAUUCGUUAUACUUUCGUUUUUUUUUUUCACCUAAUUCAAAAAAUAAAUUUACGUAUUGAAAAGUAUUUAGUUUUACAAUUAUUAUUAUCAAAAACUUUCAAGUAAAUUUUUCACCGAUGAUAAAAUAAACACCUACUAUAAAAACAGUAUAUCUAUAAAAUAUCUAUCUGUACUUAUCAUAAAGAAUUGCCACCUGCAGAGUGCAGGUGAUUAUAAGCUGCCUCGACAACAAUAUAAUGUAGUUAAAUAAAUACAAAUUAAAAACGAGCUUUUCCUCAUCGUGUCCGGUGCCGGGGUCAUAAUAUGUUAUUGAAUUUAUAAAUAAAAUUAUCCAAGAAUAAAGUAAGCUACGAAUAUAGAAUAUAAAAUAAAUGUUUAAGUGUUUAAAUGUUUUUCAAAAGAGCUGAUACUGGGGACGGUUGCGGCUACUGUUGUAAAUGGGAAGUUAGGAUGCUGGAAUACAUAAAGUUAAUUAAUUUAUACCUGUAACGAACGAUAAACCAUUGCUAAUGAAAAACGAUUCGGAGCGAAGUUCGGUUAUACAUGUUUUGAUAGGCCCGUAAUAUGUACGAUUUUCGUCAAAAUUUGUAACUAAUAAAAAAAAUAAUAACAAUAAUAAACCGCCAUAAUUCAUUUUUUUUUCUUUUAUCACUAAGUGUGACUUACAAUAAACCUUCUGUUAAAUUUUCAAGCAUUUUUGUAUAGUCUAAUAAUUUUACAUACGUUUUUACCAAAUAGCCAGUCACAAAAUUAAAAUGUCUCUAAAUAACUAAAAAACAAUGGCUCAAAUGGUUAUAAAAUUUAACCACGCCUAGAAAAAACAAAUGUAAGUUUUCUAUCGAAAUUUCAAGUCUUUACAAAUAUUUUUAACUGAAUUCAAAGGAAAAAAAAUACUUCGAAAAUAAUAAAACCCUAUUGUCGUACAUUUAAAUUUAAAUCAUCGUGUUUGACAUAUUGUUAUUAGAUAUUAAUUAUGUAUCCUAUUUGAGUCUUACAAACUAUUACGCGGAGAACCGAAAUGUUUGUAAAAAUGUAUUUUUUAUUUAUCAAUAAUAUUAUUAUUGAUACUGUGUGAUGUAUUUUUAUUAUUAACAUAAAACAAAAUAAUAACACGAGUUAAAUAUAAUAUAAUUAGGAAAAAUUUGAUUAUUCAGUGCAUUAAAAUCAUUAAAUGAUACAAAAUAUUACUAAUUACUUAUUUGAAUUAAUAUACUUUAUUAUCGUAUAAUCUUGUGCCGACAACCGUUAAUUUCCAAAUCGUUCCAAAACCGUCAUAGAUUACCUAUUAUUUAUCAUGCAAAAUAUCUAUGUGUAUAUUAAUAGUGUUCGAAAAUACAUACACGUAUUUUAAAUAUUUGUUCACUCAUUUAUUUCAAUACGUAUUCUAAAUAGUUGGAAAUCAGACGUUUUCUUGAGAAGACUGUUAUCCUCGCACAGACACGCACAAUAAAAGAAAUUCUAUGUUCUAAAAUACGCAAAUGCAUGUUGUUACUUAUAUGAUAUUUAAAACCUAGAAAAAAUAAAAUCAACCAUACAUUUCAAUCCUGGACAUUUAACCGAAACAGGCGAUACUGACUAAAAGGUACAUCGCCGGCCAUGAUAUUUUUUUUUUUGUGCGCGGAUUUCGCGCAACUACGAUUAUAAAUGAUUUAAUUAACACCUAUUACCGACAAACAGUUGUUUUAAUUUAUUAAUGCAAUAACAUAUGUUUAUAAUAUAACUAAAACGUUUCUGUUAUAAAAGUUAUUAUGCGAAUUUUACUUUAUUUCGAAUUGUAUCCAAUAUAAAAACUUAAAAUAGUUCACUAUAUCAUAAUAAUAAAUUUGAAAUUUAAAUAUUAAUUUAUUAUAGGUCAAGAUUGUCCGGAUAAUGUGCCGGUAACAUAUGUUAAAUACAGUAAUUCUGCUCCGAGAUCGCUAGUGCAGCCGAUUUUAUUAUAUGCCAGUACUCCCGGAGUUGCCAUUACAGCUGAAUGCUACAACAGGUAAUUAAAAAUUAAAGUAAUACGUGUAUUUUUAUUUCGUUAAAUAAAAAAAAUUCUGCUUUUAAAUUAACACGAAUAAUAUGACUAUGGAUUUUUAGAUGUAGAAAAUCGGUGGAUUGCGCCGGAUUCAUUAUAGAUUACACCGCGACAUCGUGUUACCGUGUACCCAACAUGGGCAGUUCUACCGACAAUAUCGUUAUGACUCCGAAAGUAAACUUUUUUAGGAAAGCGUGUCUUCGUGGUUAGUUAUUAUAAUAUACGUACAAUUAUAAUACAUUCACUUCAAUACAAAAUAUGUUAUAACAAAAUCCGUUUUAGUUCCAGAAUCGUGUAACCGAAGAGCAUGGCCAAUCGAAGUUUCUAUGGACUACGAGCUCACUGGUUCUCAAUACUCUGUUUUACCUAAUAUUGGCGACAAAUGGCGAUGUGCCCAAAUAUGUAUUGACGACACUAAUAAUUGCAAAUCAGCAAACUACUUCCGGCAGACGAAAAUUUGUUCUCUGAACGCCGAAACUCGUAGGACUAAACCCACGGCAUUCAAUCCAAAUCAAAAUCAAGUUGAAUAUUUAGAAAAUGAAUGUGUCAAUACAUCACCAGGUUACAAAAUAUUAACUAUAAUAAUGAGAAUAAUAUAAAUGUAACGCUCUGUCCAAUAAUGUUUUAAAUCUUUAGAUUCAAAUCAAAUAAGUUCAUGUUGGCACGAACCUGUAUACGAAAGAACCUUACAACAAGUAGACUUGCAAAUAGAAAAUAUUAAUAUUGAACAAGUAAAGAGUUAAAAAAAAAAAAAAAAAAAUCACGAUCACUAAUGACAAUUUAUUGAAUUCGUUGUAUUGCGUAGUGCAAAGAAAGAUGUGAAACCGAAAAGUAUUUUAGCUGUAGAGGCUAUACUUUUAAAUGUCCUACGGAUGGAUUUGGAGGUACGCUUUGUCUUCUACACAGUGAUGACACAAAUUCAGCUGGCCCACUAAUUCCGUCGUCAUGUUCCACUUACAUGGAGAGAAUCACUUGUAUCGACUGUAAGAAAAUAUUAUGAUAUACACAAGUUAAACAAUAUUUUCGUACCCCUAAAUUAAAUUCAAUUUAACAACAAUAUUAAUAUUAAAAUUAAAUUUAAACAUUGUUCAAACCCAAACGUAUCGUUUUUAUACAUUUUGUGUUACUGUAAUAACACAAUUAGACUAAGCAAAUCAAAACAUCGAUUUUAAUACACGUCAAUAUUACAUUUCAGUAAGCGUUUCGUGUAGUGACGACUCUAUGUUGGUAACGUUGCGAUCUCCGGGCUUCAAAGGACGAAUGUUUGUGUUGGGUAGACCAGAAGAAUGCGGUGUUAAUGGCCGUCAUACCGACAUGACCACAAUAACACUGCCGAUCAUAGGAAGCAAUACACAACGUAAUCGAUGUGACGUCGUAGUGGCCAAGUCAGCGAGUAGCAACAGAAAAUUGGCUACAGCUGUUAUCGUAGUUCAACACCACCCGGUUAUACAAACUGUUGGCGAUCGAGUAACAAAAGUGUCGUGUGCCGUCGGCUCAAGUCCCCGGCCUUUAUUCUUGGGUUCCAGACCACAAAACAUUACAUUAGACGCCACAUUCGGCGUGGAAGAACCGAGGUAUGUAUAAUAGGUAUAUUUUUAAAAAAUGUCACACACCCGACAUUUAAGGGGGUUGCGUGUUGACCACUUCUACGAAAUGAAAGACAAAUUUCAAUUUAUAAGCUCAAAAUAAAAUAUUUAAAAGUGGUCCUGUGCCCCAUUGUUAUACGGACUCGGACGUAUUGGCGUGGCCAUUUUGGCGUAACGCUAUUUUAUUUAGCACGAGACUGUUUUGGAAUACAAAACAUAAAUAUUUUGAAUUUUGAAAAUAAAUAUAAAGCAAUUGACUUUAUAUUGAGCAACUUAUAUUUAUGUCUAUUACCCUUAAAAAACUAAUUAUGUAGCGGUUGUUUUAGUCUUCGGAAAUAAUUUUAAAAAUAAAUAAGUAUAAUUUAUAAAUAAAUAAAAAGCAAUUGAAUUUAGUAUUAAUUUAUAUUUUGAGCCAUACCCCUUAAAUUCUAAUUAUGUUGCGAUUGCUGUAAUCCUCUGUAAUUUUAAAAAUUCUUUGUCAACAUCAAAAAUAAAAAAACAAAACAAAUGUUUUGACGACUAUUUUCUGUAUAUAUUAAAUAUUUAAAUAUACGCCAGAGUGCAAACCACGCCAAAAUGUCCUGAAUCGAUUAUUAUAAGUAUCUACCGUGUAAUUAUGAAAUUUAUUCAAAAACAUGUUUACGUGCCAUGCCCAACAUAAAACAAAGUUCAAAGUGGUUUUAAACUUUAUAUUAUUUAUUACUUAAAUUAAAGACAUUGUUUUUACAAUUUAUAAAACCGUAGCUAUAGGGUUUUUUUUGUAAAUUAAUUUUUCAUCGUAGACUGUUUUACGUAAUUACAUAAUAUUCUUAAAUACGUAUUUCAAGAUACAACCCUUUUUCGUCAAAAGAACAAAAAACCUUCACUCUGAUAUCAUUUUAUAUGUUAUAACUUGUAACUAUGAGUUUCGAUUUAAAACAUAUUAUUAUUUACUAUUGGUCUUAUAGCAUUCAUAAUACAAUAUACAACGAUGGUGGAUACGAUCCAAAUGGCUUAGUCGGUUCAGCGAAUCAAGUUGCAAAGAUGAGAAUUUUAGAAGUGGGCCGAAAUGUAAAACAGGUGUCGGAAGUGAAACUUGGUGAUGAGCUAGAACUUCGAAUCGACGUAAAUCACCCUUAUAGUACGAGAUUUAUAUAUAAACAACACACCGAGUACCUCUACAGGUGCUAUAGAUUUCAUAAUAUUCAUAAUUCGUAUACUUCAUUUAAUUUUCCCAGACGCUACGAAUUUGAGAGCAGGCCACUUGGUCGCUAGUUCUGGAGACGGACUCGACUCAUUAUUACUUUUGGAUUGGAGAGGAUGUCCUCCGGAACCAUCGACGUUCCCGGUAUUGAAUAUAUCACCACCAAACUCGAUGGUUGCUAAAUUCAAAGCAUUCCGCUUUCCUUCGUCACCUGUGCUACGGUUUAGCCUCAUGAUGAUGUUUUGUGAUCAACAGUGUAAACCGGUAAGCGCAAUAAUUCUAUGUUUUUUUUUUCCAAGUGGUACGUCUAAUAUUUGCUUGUGUCGUUUUUAUAGAGCGAUUGUGGUAACGGACAAGUGUCACACGGUCGACGCAAACGCAAUGUACCUCCAACAGAACCGAAAACAAAAGAAGUGCCAUUACAACUUGCGAUCGUUGUAAGAUCACUCGAAGAGCAAGAAGAAAUUAUAGACAGUCAAAGCCAGAUCAGUAAUAAUGACAAUAACAAUAACGAUAGAUCGCCGAGAAAAUUAGAAGCUUCAGGUUUGACCACGAUAUUAUUUUAAGCUGUCUACCUGUAGUUUUAGCCUAUAUGUAUUUUUUAUCGAUUCAAUUAUUAAUUUAAAUGUAUUUUAAACGUGGGCGCAUACAAUAAUUGUUCGUAAAAAAAAAAAAAAGCUUUGUCUGGGUUGAGUUUUGAAAUCUGUUGUAAGAAUUAGAUAAGCUGAUAAAAAAAAAAAAAUCAAAUAUAAUAUAUAUAUAUAUAUAUAUAUUUAUUUAUUUCCCCUAAUAAUAAUUAAUUAAACGAUAACUGAAUGACCGGAUUGUUAUAACUAAUAGUAAACUAUUAUAUUAAAAAUAAUACAUAAUAUAUAGGAAUCUAUUUUUGUAAAGUUCUACUGUGUAAUUUAUACCUAUUGUGCAUUUUUACAGUGUUUCGUAACAAUGAAUGGUGCAUUACUUGGCCAACAGGAUUGGCGAUCACUAUAAUUCUAGUCACUAUGCAGACACUAAUCGUAAUAGGGUGUUGGUCGUUUUUUCGGCGGUCGAAUCAAAAGGUCUUGAACGACCGUGUAACUUUAAAUUCUGACUUUCAACCGAGACACGUAACCUGGGCCGAUAAUCAAUAAAUACAUUACAAUAAACCUAUAGGUAUUACAUACCUAGGUAUACCCUAUUACACUUAUGUUAAUAUUAUCAUAAACGUCUACCAUUUUUUUUAAAUUUUAAACUUUAAAUUUAUUUACCACCUACUAAUAUAUAUAUAUAUAUAUAUAUAUAUACUAUAUAAUAUUAUUAUGUACAAACUAUUUUUAUAAUCGAAAAAAAAAAUAACUACAUUUAUAUUCAAAAUUAUAGUAAAAUCAUAGGUACCUACCAAAUAUUACUGUGUAAUUUAUAAUUAUAAUAAGCAGACCUUAGAAUUUAAUACCUAAACGCUAUAAAUAUGUAAAGUAUAGGUAUAUAUUUUUAACAUACCUACCUAUUUAAUAUUAUGAAAUAUAAUUAUACAACUAAAUGUAAUAAAAUAUCGCUAAAAAUUAGUUAAGAUUUACUUUAAUCACUUUAAGUACGAUAUUUCCGAUACCUAAUUAAUAUUAGGUACCUAUACAAAAUUGUUAUUUUUUUAUACACAUAUAUAUAUAAAUACCAAAUAUUGUAUUAUACAGCUGCUAUAAUUUAGAAUUGAUUAUACAAUAAGAUAUAUUAUAUUACUGAAUAUAGUUUAAUAUAUGACGUU